GUGAGGUUAUCACAACCACAAUCUCCCUCACCGAUCUCAAACACUCUCAGCGUGGCGCCCAAGUACUUGGAAAAACCAGUUCAAAUCCUCACAGCUCGCCACGUAACCUUUUCCUUCCAUUUUCUCUCUCUCUCUCUCUCUCUCUCUCCUCCGCCUUCUUCGCUUUCCUCUCCGUCUUUCUUACCCUCACUCUUUCUCGCUUCUCGCUCGCUCGCUCGCUCGUUGAGAAUUGCAAGCCAGUCAAAUUUUGGCUUUUUAAAUCUGAUACUUCGGGGCCUUUGUUAUUUCUCUCUGUUCACUCUUGGGUCAAUUUUUCUUCCACUAAGCUAUAUUGCUUUUUCUAUCUAACUGAGAUUGCGAAAGAUUUGAGACUUUUUUUUCACUAUUUCUAUUCUGGGUUAUGUUUGUUUUUUUCUUUCAUUUUCCCUGUUUGUUUGUUUGUUGAGAAAGAUUGAUAGAGCUUGAGAAAGAUUUGAAUGCGGUUUCUGGGUUUUGUUCAGAGUUGUGAAUAUUGGGGGAAAAAUUAGUAUCGUAGUUUAUUGUUAUUAUUCUUAUUUGGAUUGGAAAAAAAAGAUUGUGAACGAUGAGUCCGAGUUCUGAAACGAAAAGGGGAAUCCCACCUGGGAUUUUGAUUAUACGAAAGAUUAGAGGGAAAGAUUUUAGUUUGUCUACGUAUAGAUACGUGGUUUUGUUCGUCACGUUCGUAGCAUAUGCCUGUUACCACGCUUCAAGAAAACCCAGUAGCAUAGUGAAGAGUGUUUUGGAUCCUGACCCGGAAAAGCCGCUUAACGGGUUGAAACCAUGGCCCAUUGGCGAGUUCUUUGUCGAGGCAGAAUUCGGUAGCAAUGGCAAAUACAGGGUGAAAGAAAGAGGGUGGUAUCCAUUCAAUGGAAAAGAUGGGACAUCAAAAUUGGGCGGGAUUGAUGUUGCAUUUCUAGCAUGUUAUUCGAUGGGAAUGUUUGUUGCUGGGCAUUUGGGUGAUUCAUUGGACCUCCGGUUGUUCUUGACCAUAGGAAUGGUUGGGAGUGGAUUCUUUGUUGGGUUAUUUGGAAUGGGGUAUUUCUGGAAUGUCCAUGCUUUUGGGUUUUUCCUUGUUAUGCAAAUGGUUGCUGGGUUGUUUCAAGCAACGGGUUGGCCUUCGGUUGUGGCGGUGAUUGGGAAUUGGUUUGGAAAAAGGAAGAGGGGUUUGAUAAUGGGUGUUUGGAACGCUCAUACUUCGGUUGGUAAUAUUAGCGGGUCUCUUCUUGCUGCUAGUGUUUUGGAGUAUGGUUGGGGUUGGUGUUUUAUAGUUCCAGGUGCAUUUAUCGCAUUAGGAGGGUUAAUGGUUUAUUUGUAUUUGCCUGCAUAUCCUGAGGAUGUUCUACCACCUUCAAAUGAUGAGGCUGUGGCUAAUGAUGAAGAAGCUCUCAUAGUAAAAGAAAGUAUGGAAGGGGAAACAGAGAUUGCUCCCCAACGUGGGUCUGUCAGUAGGAGAAGCGUUGGGCUUCUUGAAGCCUGUAUGAUACCUGGAGUAAUACCGUUUGCAUUGUGCCUGUUCUUCUCAAAGCUUGUGGCAUAUACGUUUCUGUAUUGGUUACCAUUUUACUUAAGCCAGACUGAAAUUGGAGGGAAGCAUGUUUCUGUUAAAUCUGCUGGAAAUCUCUCUACUUUAUUUGAUGUAGGGGGCAUUAUUGGUGGAAUUCUUGCUGGCUAUAUAUCUGAUAAGCUUAAUGCUCGGGCUAUAACAGCAGCGAGCUUCACGUAUGCUGCAAUUCCUUCCAUGCUUUUAUAUCGGACGUAUGGGAAUGUUUCGCUCACUGUCAACAUUGUGCUUAUGAUGGUUGCUGGCUUGUUUGUAAAUGGGCCCUAUGCACUAAUCACCACUGCAGUUUCUGCUGACCUUGGUACACAUGAAUCCCUUAGAGGGGAUUCUCGAGCACUGGCAACAGUGACUGCCAUAAUUGAUGGUACAGGGUCAGUUGGUGCAGCUCUUGGUCCUCUUCUUACUGGAUUUCUUUCAACGAAAGGAUGGAAUGCAGUAUUUGUAAUGCUAACAAUUGGAGCUCUAAUUGCGGGACUACUUUUAACGCGUAUGGUCAUAACUGAAAUUUCUGAGAAAACUUCCAAACCUGUUCCUGUAUCCAGUGAUGAGCAACAUUUUGGAGGUCCUGCAUCCCAACCACUCCUAAGCGAUCAACGAUGACCCUAAAGUUUUGGCCUCAAGAAGCUCCAUUGUAUUGAGAAAUUCACCAACAGAUUCCCCACAUAUAAAGUGGUCCUAUGAAGUUUCAUGGCAUGGAGGAAUGGUACUUCAUAGUUAUGAAAAUCAAAGUCUUUUUUUUUUUUUACUUUUUUUGGUUAUAUUUUCAUACCAAAAUUGGAGCCUUUAGUAUCCCUAAAAUUUUAGUUGGUUUUGAAGUAGGUUAUAGUUCCCACUUUCUGUACUAUAUACAUACUUGUAAUUGAUAUAUAUAUAUAUAUGUAUAUGUGUGUAUUAAAAUUUGGUUUC